UCAAAAAUUGCAGUCAGAAAGAAUGAGUCGCAACGUUCUGUAGUUGUGGAGACUCAGCGAGUUACUGAGUCAACUCGUCUCUCUCUCAUCAGAUCCUUUUCCACUCUUUCCCUCUCUUUUCUCUUACCUCUGCUGCGCAUUCUCUAAUCUCUCUUUUUCCCUUUCUCUUUCACUUGAGCCCUUUUUCGUCUUUUCCACGUCCUCUUCUUCUCCAAAUCAGACGGCACGUACUCCUCCACGUCACCAUCGUCUUCUUCACCUCCUCUCCUGUCAUCUUCCUUCUCCUCUUUCUCUCUAUCCUUUUUUCUCGUUCUUUUUAUAUUUAUAUGUAUACGGAAUAAACCGCCUCUGCAAACUUCAGGGUUUCCCAAACAAAAUCACCUCUCUGUCUCAAUUUAAUGCUUCGACUUUCAAUUCUCGUUCUCCAAUCUCGGCGUCGGAGUUUCUUCGCGAUGGAGGGUUUUUAUUUGUUCCCGUUCGAAAAUAUUUGAAAUUUGGUGAUUAAUUGAAGUGGGUAAAAAGUGGUGAUUGGUUACUUGUUGUUGGGAAGGAGUGUUUAGUGUUGCUUGGUUAUGUGUGAUGGCGAUUGAGAAGAACAGCUUCAAGGGGUCUAGGUUCGAUUCAGAGUGUUCUCCCAAUAGUAGGGAGACCAUGUCCAGUGAUGAGGAUGAGGUUGAGCGUCGAUUCUCUGCUGCUGAAUCUGAUGACGACAAUGAUGAUUUUGAUGAUGCGGAUUCUGGGGCGGGAUCUGAUGACUUCGACUUGUUAGAAUUGGGGGAAACUGGGGCUGAGUUUUGUCAAAUUGGGAAUUUAACUUGUAGCGUUCCUUUUGAAUUGUAUGAUCUUUCAGGUUUGGAGGAUAUAUUGUCUGUAGAUGUGUGGAAUGAAGUUUUAACUGAGGAGGAGAGGUUUAGCCUCACCAAAUAUCUGCCUGAUUUGGAUCAGCACACCUUUAUGCUAACCCUCAAAGAGCUUUUUGAGGGUCAGAAUUUCCAUUUUGGCAGCCCUAUUAAGAAGCUGUUUGAGCUAUUGAAAGGAGGGUUAUGUGAGCCAAGGGUUGCUCUUUAUAGGGAGGGUUUAGGUUUCUUUCAGAAGCGGCAGCAUUACCAUCUGUUGAGGAAGCAUCACAAUAAUAUGGUCAGUAAUUUAUGUCAGAUAAGGGAUGCUUGGCUUAGUUGCACGGAAUAUAGUAUUGAAGAGAAGCUUAGGGUUUUGAAUAUUAUGAAGGGUGAAAAGAAUUUGGUGUCUGGGAAGAUGGAGGAAGAUUUGGAGAGUGACUCGUCAGAGAAAUAUGACUUAGAUGAUGGACUAUGGGUCAAAAGGGUUGAGGACAGGAAAAGUGCUCUCAGAUUGGGUCGUAAUUCUGCAUAUGGGGCUGCUCCGAUUUUGGAUUUGGCUACACGGAUGCCUUCAGUGGAUUUGGAAGUGCCAAAGUAUGGAAAGCACAAUCCAAAGGGUAUACUGAAGUUGUCUGCAUCAAAAACUUUUCCCCCGAAGGAGACAAUGGGUCGGUUUCCUUCUGCUUAUCAAGGUUUGGAUGCAAAUACUAGGCCAUAUGGUUUUCCAGUUCCAAUUUCUCGUCAUAAGGUGAUGGGGUAUGACUCAGGGGCAGCUAAUAGGCUAAGGGAUCGAAUGAUAAUUAAUGAUGGUGAUGAUGAUGAUGAUGAUGUGGAAGAUGCAAUGGAUGGGAUGAACUUCCGACGCGUUCGAAAUGCAGCACAUAGUGGUUUGAUGGACAAACCUAGGGGUUUAAAAGCAGGAAAGAAGCAUGACCUCUUGGGAAGUGAGGAAUUAGGCACUGAGAGUUUCAGAGGCUUUCCUUUCUCUUCAAAGAAAGAUUCACUUGCCUACGGGAAGAACAGGAAUGCAAAUCAGCUGUCAGAAGUGAAGGGGUUUGCUGCUAAGCCACCUACCAUUCAGACUUCCCAUGAGUUUGGCAAAAAGGCCAAGCGUCCUGAACCUAUCCAGCAAUUUGGUGUUGGAGAUCACAUGAAGCCACGGAAAAGCCGAACACCGCAGUUAACUGCGAAAGGUAAUCAGAUUGACUUAUCAGAGCAUGGAAAAACCAUUUGGCAUGGAAAGCACCAUGGGCGCAUCUCCAUGGAUUCAUCACUGAAAUCCGAUGAUCAUGAUAUGAGAAGUAAGAAGUGGAAAGAAGGGAGGGAGUCCCCAGAUCUCAGUUUUAAAGCUUAUGGAGCUUCCUCUCCACGGGUGAAUGAUAGAAUUUUGCUUUCAGAGUUGAGAGCAAAAUCAUCACAAGAGAAGAUCAGAGCAAAUUUCAUACAGAAUGGAAGGCAGGAUAAAGGAGCAAAAAAAUUGAACAGAAUGUAUGUAAAAAAUGAGGAAACAGAAUCAGACUCAUCUGAGCAAUUUGAUGAUGAUGACGAUGAGGAUAUCAAUCCUUUGAUGAGCAGCAAGUCUCCUUAUCCCAGUGGUAUCAUUGAUGGUUCUCGGUCAUCCUUGUUAAAAUCUGGCUUAGAUGCUAAAAAGCGUAAAUUUGCUAAGAAAGAUAUGCAGGAUAAUGCACUGGCUUUUGAUGGAAUGACAGAUUUCUCCAAAAAGGUGGCUGGCUUUAGUGAGCUAGGGCCCAUUCAUGAAUACUCGUCAAAAGCAAAGCAGAAGAGCAAGAUGCGAGCCAGCAGUCAAUUUCAUAACCCUGGAAGUAAAGCUUUAGAAAACGGCCCUAUUUGUGGCUUGGGUAAAGCUACAGAUGAUGAUGACAGGAAAAGAAGUCACAAGAUAGGCAAGAAUGGACAGUUGCGAGAAUCUGCUGAAAGGUUACAUAUAUCCUCAUACCCUUCCUACCCUUCUCAUCGAAAGCAGAAAAGGGAUGUCAGUAAAAGUGAUUACAUUAUUGAAGAGGAGGAUGAUUCUCUUGAAACUCGUCUAUUGGCAGAUGAAAAUGCAGUAGUUAGAUUGGGAAAGAGAGGACAGGGCAGUGAAGCAUAUGUUCCUGAUCCACUAGACAGAUCUGAUGCUUCAUUUCAAGGGUUCAACUUGAUGUCAAAGAAACGGAAAGCAAAGGAGGAAUCAACUAACACUGAUAGAAGAGAUGAAGAUGGUAAUAUGCGGUCAAGCCUUCAGCAGCAAAUUGAUGACUCCGUUUCAUUGAAGAAAAAGGGAAAAAGGAAAGUGGAUGCUGAUACAGGCACUUCAGCUAUGGAAAUUUCUGAGCCACCUCUUACAAAAAUGGGAAUAGCAGACAUGGAUCUAGAAACCAAACCACAAAAAAAGCCAUAUACACCAAUUACACCUACAGUUCAUACAGGCUUCUCAUUUUCCAUUAUACAUCUUCUUUCAGCAGUUCGCCUGGCAAUGAUCAGUCCUCUUCCAGAAGAUUCCUUAGAGAAUGUAAAAUCUACCGGGGUGCAGAAUGGAAAAGUUGAAGGUGACACAAAUGGUGCUGUUUCUCAUGAGAGUCCAGAUGUAAAUAAAUCAGACAGUGUUCUCCAGGUGAAUGUGCCAUCUCUUACCAUACAGGAGAUUGUUAACCGUGUGAGAUCAAACCCUGGGGAUCCUUGUAUUCUUGAGACGCAAGAGCCACUUCAAGAUCUGGUGAGAGGGGUCCUUAAGAUAUUUUCAUCAAAAACAGCACCUCUAGGAGCAAAAGGUUGGAAGGCACUAGUGGUUUAUGAAAAAUCUACAAAGAGUUGGUCUUGGAUUGGUCCAGUAUCCAAUACUUCAACUGAUCAUGAGACUAUUGAGGAGGUUACUUCUCCCGAAUAUUGGGGCCUUCCUCAUAAAAUGCUUGUCAAGUUGGUUGAUUCAUUUGCUAAUUGGCUGAAAAGUGGUCAAGAGACCCUUCAACAAAUUGGAAGUCUUCCAGCACCACCCAUGUCAAUGAUGCAGUGUAAUCUUGAUGAGAAAGAAAGGUUCAGGGACCUGAGAGCUCAGAAGAGUCUCAACACUAUUAGCCCAAGUUCUGAAGAAGUGAGGGCUUAUUUCCGCAAGGAAGAAGUUUUAAGGUAUUCCAUUCCUGACCGAGCCUUCUCAUACACAGCUGCUGAUGGGAAAAAAUCUAUUGUGGCUCCUUUGAGAAGGUGUGGGGGUAAGCCAACUUCAAAAGCCCGAGAACAUUUCAUGUUGAAGCAUGAUCGGCCACCUCAUGUUACGAUUCUUUGUCUUGUGAGAGAUGCGGCUGCCAGAUUGCCUGGAAGUAUUGGCACUAGAGCAGAUGUUUGUACCUUGAUAAGAGACUCUCAGUAUAUUGUUGAAGAAGUAUCUGAUGCUCAAGUGAACCAGGUUGUCAGUGGAGCCCUGGACCGUUUACAUUAUGAACGUGAUCCUUGUGUACAGUUUGAUGGGGAGAGGAAAUUGUGGGUUUACUUGCACAGAGAUAGAGAAGAAGAAGAUUUUGAAGAUGAUGGUACUUCAUCUACGAAGAAAUGGAAGAGACAGAAAAAGGAUCCAGCUGACCAACCUGAUCAAGGAGCAGUAACUGUGGCUUUUCAUGGGAAUGUGGAUCAGUCUGGAUUUGAUAUGGGCUCUGACCUCAACGUUGAGCCACCAGGCCCCGAUGAUGAUAAAAGAACAGAUCUUGUGUAUAAUGAUGCAAAACAAAGGGUACAAAAUAAUGCUGAGGCUAGUCAUGUGUCAGAGCAAGGUAGCAUGCAUCAGGGUCAUCCAGUGGCUUGGGAUGAUGCCCUUAGUUCAAAUCCAAUGAGAGAGAACAAAUUAUUAUGUCAAGAAAAUUCCACAAAUGAAGAUUUUGAUGAUGAGACAUUUGGGAGAGAGAGGCCAGUUGGACUAUUAAGUGCAAGUUUAUUAUGAAGAAUAUCAGGCUUGAGAUCCAUCUGUGAGAAGCCAUGGUCAUUCAUUCCUCUUUCAGGGUGUGUGCCGUACAUAAACUUUUACAUGUUAGUGUAGAUUAGCAAGAGAGAUUUGUUGGGGCUCAGAAGUAUGUUCUUUACAGGUGGAUACCCAUACGGUCCUCUUCUUUUUUUCAUUUUUUUUUUCCUUCUUUUAACAUUAUUAUAAAAUUACCCAGAUCAAUUUGAAAUAUUGUUCAUUGUUUCCUUUGAUAAUGAGUUCAGCAGGAGGAUUUGGCAGUUGUCUAGCGAGGCUUCAUAAACUUGGCUCUUUGUAUAUAUGGUUUAGUUAAGGUAAGUAGGUAACUAAAAGAAUUUAAAGCUGCUGCUGCUGCUGCUGCUUAUUAUUAUUAAUUUGGAAUACUUUUGACUUGUCAGAGUUGGGGGAAAAAAAAAUUCUUGGAGAGUUUGAGUUUGUGAGAAUGGUGGACUAUAAUUCUUGUCUCAAUCUUGUGGCCGAUUUUGUUUUGUUUUGUUUUAAUCAAGUUUACAGAUUGUAAAAUCAGAUACACAAUUGAGAUGGCAAAAGCUUAUUGGCUUCUAA